GGAAGUGGAGAAAUUGAAGGAGUGGUUGUUCGAAAGUUGGUUUCAGUAAAAGCUUCGGUCUUUUCUUCUCCAUUUUUUUUACAGGGAGAUUGGCGUUUUCUUUUUGCGGUGGAAAUGGGGAAAGCUGCGAGAUGGUUGAGGGGUUUGCUGGGGAUGAAGAAAGACAAGGAGAGUGUGGGGAAGUUUUCCAGUUUUUCCGAUAAGAAAGAGAAGAAAAGAUGGAGUCUUGGCGGCGGGACGAGUAAAGAUUCCGGAGGUUUGGGGGCGGCGGAUUCGGAAAAGGAACAACAGAACAGCCACGCCAUUGCGGUGGCUGCCGCCACCGCCGCCGCUGCUGAUGCCGCUAUGGCGGCGGCACAGGCGGCCGUGGCGGUGGUCAGGCUCACCAGCCGGGGCAGGGGUGCUCUGUUCGUUACGCAGCGGGAGAACUGGGCUGCCCUGAAAAUUCAAUCUGUUUUCAGGGGUUAUUUGGCCAGAAAAGCGCUGAGAGCUCUGAGAGGAUUAGUGAAGUUACAGGCUCAUGUUAGGGGAUACCUCGUUAGAAAAAGAGCCGCCGCCACUCUUCUCAGCAUGCAAGCUCUCAUCAGAGCUCAGGCCGCCGUCCGAUCUCAAAGAAUCCGCUACAACCCCAGAUUCCAAGCCCAAACCCAACCUAGGAAGUUCCCCGAGAGAUAUGAUGAAUGCAGAAGUGCAGCACAGAGCAAGAGGAUCUCAGCUUCAUACGAAUCAUCGUUCAACGGGAUGGAUGAGAGCCCGAGGAUCGUGGAAAUCGACACCUACAAGCUGAGAUCAAUGUCGCGUAGAAUCAACAGCGCCGCCGCAGCCAUUUACAGUUCCGGGAAUGAGUCAGACUGGAGUUUCGUCGGCGAAGAGUGGAAGUUCCCGACGACGGCCCAAAGCACUCCGCGGGGCGGCGCUCCGGCGAGGAGCGUAUGCGGGGAUAGCUUAUUCUUCCGGCCAUACUCAAACUUUCCGGGUUACAUGGAGAAAACGGAGUCGUUCCGGGCGAAGCAGAGGUCGGUGAGCGCUCCGAAGCAGAGACCGCCGGAGGCGGGUAGAAGGAGGGUUUCGCUUGGGGAUAUUAUGGCGUCGAGAAGUAGCUCCAGCGGCGGUAGAAUGCAGCGGUCUUGUUCUCAAGUUCAAAAACACCAUGCUUUCUGAUGAGUCGUCAUUAUUGCACAGUAACGUAUAGAGAAUUUAAUUUAAACACACUUUUUUUUUUUAUUAAAAAAAAAAAAAUCACUUUGGUUUGCCACAAAAUCAUGUUUGAUAUUGAUAAGAUUUUAAUGGAGAAAUUAAUAUCAUUUGAAUAUUUUUUUGA